AUGUGGCACAGCUGGCUCAAAGUGAGAGACACCUUCCAGCUGGGACUGAGAUAUGAAGUUAAAAAUAGAAGCAGAAUCAAGAUCUAUGACCAUCCAUGGAUUCCUGGCCUACCUGGCUUUAAACCUAAGAGCAGACCUCCUGCUAACUCCAACAUCAGCUGGGUAAGUGAAUUGAUUGAUGUGACAGGGAGAAAUUGGAAAAGACAUGUUCUGCAAGAUCUCUUCUCAGAAGAAGAACAAGCUGCCAUCCUGAAAGUGAAAAGUUUAAACCCAGGGGAGCAUGACAAACUGAUCUGGCACUGUGGUAAAAAGGGUACACACUCAGUGGCUGCUUCUUAUGACUAUCUGGUGAAGGAAAAAUGGAAGAACUUGGAUAUUGCUGAACCAAGUAAGGGGCAUAAUGAGAUCAGGGGUAUGAGGAAAAGGCUAUGGGGCUUGAAAAUUAAAGGAAAAAUUAAGCACUUCAUCUGGAAGUGCCUAAACAAUAUUUUGCCAGUAAGUGUCAAUCUGGCAAAGAGGGGCAUUCAUAUAGAGGAAAGAUGCAAGGGUACAAAGAGCGGAGGAGAGGGGACUUCGGGGCUGCCGAGAUCCAGGCGAGAGGCGAGAGCGAGAGCGAGUCAAGGAACCAGACGAUGUGAGAAGAAGCUUGUGAGGAGGCUGAGGUGGAGCCGCGGAGGCGGCGGAGUUCAUACUGUCGCCGGGCUUGGUGGAUCCGUGGAGGUGGAGGCUGUAGUGGGGUUUCGUGAAUGA